CCUGUUGUAUACUACACACAGAAGUAACAUAUGAACACAUCAGAAUACAGUAAGAAUACCCCAGAAUUCUACAGGAGGCAGGCCUGAUUUCACUAUAAAGAAGGUGGCAACCAAAGCACAACCUCAGAAUGAUCAGAACCUGCUCGGCAUUCCCAUCUCAGAACCGUUCAAUCAGAACUCUGCGGCAGCUACUCACCAUAACAGCCAGUCUGGUCAGGAAGAGUCGACUAGUCAUGGCCAAGCCAGUGUACCGAAGGGCAGAACUAUGGCAGAUGGGUCUGCUCAUCUUGUCCCUGGUGUCUCACUCUGAGGGAUCUACAAUCAUUAAAGUUGAAAACGGAGGAGGUUGGGGUGGCUGGCAUGGAUUUCAGAUGUGUCCUAAGGACUUUUAUGCUAAUGGAUUCAGCAUGAGGGUGGACAGGCAUGUAGGAGGACGCCGUGAUGACAGAUCUCUUAAUGGAAUCCGUCUGUUCUGCAAACAUAUAACUUAUCCAAUCGAUGAUAUAGUGGUGGAAUCACCAGGAUACUGGGGGAUUUGGACCUCAAAGCAACUUUGUGCAUCUGGAUAUCUGGAUUCCUUCCAACUGCGUGUGGAGGGCCCUCAGGGCAGAGGAGACGACACAGCCGUUCAACAGCAUGAACGUCCACUGCAGCAAUGGAGAUAUUCUCCAUGGUGA